AUGUCUUGCUUCAGCUGCCCUAAGUACAAGACCGGGGACCUGGUGUUUGCCAAGUUAAAGGGCUAUGCCCACUGGCCAGCGAGGAUCGAGAAUGUCACCGAACCCAACCGCUACCAGGUGUUUUUCUUCGGGACCCACGAGACGGCCCUGCUGGGCCCCAAGCACCUGUUCCCUUAUGAAGAGUCCAAGGGGAGGUUCAGCAAGCCCAACAAGAGGCGCGGCUUCAGCGAGGGGCUGUGGGAGAUCGAGCACGACCCGAUGGUCGAGGCUGCCCCUUGCCUGUGCUCAGAAGAAGAGCAGCGCUGUGCCCAGGAGCUGGAGCCGGGGCAGGAGCCGGAGCCGGGGCAGGAGCCGGAGCCGGGGCAGGAGCCGGAGCCGGGGCAGGAGCCGGAGCAGGCGCCCGGGCAGGAGCUAGAGCUGGAGCCGGAGUCCAGGCCUGAGAUGGAAGCAGAGCCAGGACCUGAGACCGAGUGUGAGCAGGAGCCCCAGCCGCAGCCGGCUGCCUACGGCCUGCUGGACGCCGCGGAGGAGCCGGGCCUCACCGAGGCCGAGCCAGGAGACAAGCCGGCUGAGCACCUCCGAGAGCUGCCGGCGGAGGAGGCCGAGGAGCCAGGGCAUCUGAAGAGGAGCGCGGAGGAAGAGCCGCACGAUGACGCCCCCAAACGGCCCAGGGAGGAGGCGCCCGGCGCGCUGGAGAUGGAGCCGACCGGCGGAGAGCGCGAGGCUGAGGCCUGCCCCAUCAUGGAGGAGCCUGACCAAGUCCAGGAGCAGCAGCAGCCUCCUCUGGAGGAAGAGGCCACGGAAGAAGCGGUCCAGGCCCUGAUUCGUAGAGAGCUCGAAGGCCUGUAGUCAACGGUGUCUGUAGAAGAGCCCUCUACCCGUUUCUAGUGCCACCUGGCUGUGGCUGGCGAAACCUACUAGGGCCCAGUCCUCACCCAAGCCCCUCUUCUCUUUCCUUCACUCACCUUCUCCAAGACCACAUUCCUGGCAUGGGGCAGGCCACUUGACAUCAACUUUGUGGCUUCAGUCGUGGCCCACUUCCCUCGCUAACCUCUUAGGGGCAUUCUGGACCUCUGCCUGUGUACCAGGAGUGCAGUGGGUAGAAGAUAAAGAUCACGGGCAACUUUCAACGCUCUGGG